CACCCAUGUCAGCAGGCUGGACCGGCAUAUGGACUCCCAUACAGAGCUCAACAGAGCACAGAGGAGACGGGCUUUAGAGGAGGUGAAGAGACGUCUGACAAUGGAGAGGCUGGCGGCAUUGAGGGCGUCGGUCCCUGCCAUCCCAGUGGCCACCGAUUUUGAUAUUGUGGAGACUGCGAGGCAAGAAGAAGAGGAGGAUAACUUUUUAGAUACUUUUGCAGAGGAAGAGGAGGAAGAGGGCUGCACAUAUGAUUACUGCCACUGCCAAGCACCACUUUUGAGGCUGCAGAAAGCUGUGAAAGAGAGGGAUGAGGCCCUGACCAAGAAAAGUGAGACCAUCCAAUCCAUUAGAGAGGACAACCUGAAGCUGAUCUCUGAGCUGCAUAGAGUGAGGAAGAGGUACCAGCUACUGAAAAGGCAGAUGGGGAUUCUCAGGGUGAGUCCGGCAAAGGAGAGGUCGGCAAAGAGGUCCCUCAGCUUUCAGGCCGAGGCAGACACAGCCCAAGAGGAGCUGCAGCUGGACCAAGUGACAGGUUCAGGGGACCAGACAGAGGAGGCUACAGCGUCCGGAUCUGGCAGCAAACUUAUCUUCCCGGGCUCUGCCAUUAGUGUGUUUCUUGAGGGAUUCAGGAAGACCUGUGAGGGCCCCAAUCCAAAUUAUAAGCUAAGGGAAAAUUGUGCCGGAAAGAUCAAAAGGGGUGACGCAAUUUUUGAACUACAUGGCGAAGGAUGA